CCUCCUUUCAACACUGUAUCCACAUGCCUGGAGCAGCAGAGCAUUGAUGUGCUCCCUUGCUUCUCAACUCCCUGAGAUUGACUAAAUAGUUGCAUGCUUUAAUCUCAUUCCUGCUUUCAUCCUCUCACCUGCAAAGGGAACCUUGCUUUAUGAUUUCCAACCGGAUCAAACACUGACCUGUUUUAAAACAUGUUGGGCAUUCUGUUUUUUGCAACAUUGAUACCAUCAAUAUCAACACAAGAGGCUGAUGAGACCAUAACAUAUACGCAAUGCACUGAUGGUUAUGAGUGGGACCCGAUAAGGCAGCAAUGUAAAGAUAUUGAUGAGUGUGGGAUAAUGCAAGAGCCUUGCAAGGGAGGAAUGAAAUGUGUUAACCAUUAUGGAGGAUACCUUUGCCUACCAAGAACUGCACAGAUUUUGUUAAAUAAUGGCCAAGAAGACACGGUCAUCACAGAGACUUCUGGAUCUCAACAAAGCACUGGUCAAAAUGUGCCUGUAGAAAGACCCAGUAUCCCUCAAGAUCCAGCUCACAAUUUGCCCAGCACAGUUCAGUUAAUGCAGUGUGCGUCUGGCUAUGAACUAAAUGCACAAAACAUGUGUCAAGACAUAGAUGAAUGUCUAACUGGAGCCCACAACUGCAGAUCAGAUCAAGUGUGCACUAAUAUCAGAGGAUCAUUCACUUGCCUGUGCCCCAGAGGAUACCAAAAACGAGGAGAGCAAUGUAUUGAUAUCGAUGAAUGUUCAAUGUCUUCAUUUUGUCACCAUCACUGUGUGAACACACUUGGUUCAUAUUAUUGCCAGUGUAACCCAGGCUUUCAGCUGGCUCCUAAUAAUUACAGCUGUGUAGAUGUUGAUGAAUGUAGCACCAGUAGUCCCUGCGCACAGGAAUGCUAUAAUAUGAUUGGCUCAUACAUCUGUCAAUGUAAUCCAGGCUAUGAACUGAGCAGAGACAGAGUCAAUUGUGAAGAUAUCGAUGAAUGCAGAACAUCUACCUACUUGUGCCAAUAUCAAUGUGUUAAUGAGCCUGGAAGAUUCUCCUGUGUAUGCCCAGAAGGAUAUCAACUUGUUGGAACUCGAUCAUGUCAAGACAUAAAUGAAUGUGAAAGCAACACACAUGAUUGUGGGGAAGAUGCCAUGUGUUGGAAUUAUUAUGGCGGAUUCCGAUGUUACCCAGCAAACCCCUGUCAAGACCCUUAUGUUCGCAUGUCAGAUAACCGCUGUGUCUGUCAUGCUACAAAUCCUCUUUGUCGAGAUCAACCAUACAGUAUUGUCUAUAAAUACAUGAGCAUCAGAUCCAACCGAGCCGUACCUUCUGACAUCUUCCAAGUUCAGGCUACAUUAAUUUAUUCUAAUACAAUCAACACUUUCAGGAUUAAAUCUGGAAAUGAAAAUGGAGACUUCUUCUUACGGCAUACCAGUGGAGUAAGUGCAAUGCUUGUCCUGAUCAGGCCACUAACUGGACCAAGAGAAUACAUUGUUGACCUGGAAAUGGUGACUGUAAACAGUUUGAUGAACUAUCGGUCAAGCUCAAUUUUACGACUUACUAUAGUAGUUGGCCCAUACCCAUUCUAGUGACUUCACAAUGACACUGGGAGCAAAAACAUAUUCCACAUUACCUUUUAUUUAUAGAAGUGUCUUCUUUUAAUCACGUUGUACACAUAGACCACUCACAUUUUUUGGUAAUUACAUUUCAAAUGCAGUGUUCUUUUUUGUCAAAUUGUAGUCAUGGUAUACAGUGGUGGAGCAAGCCAUUUUAUGGUCUGAACCAAAUGGCCUUAUAUCUUACUGGUAUCACCAACUUCAGGUGAAUCAAAGAAGACCUGUGAGCUCUCCUGACAUGUGACAUGUCUGUUUUAUUAAGGGGGUUGUCCUAAGACAGAUAGUCUACAUUUUUCAAACCAGCACCAGAUAUGAAUACUUUUAUAAUCAUGUGUCAUUAGAAAUUUUGUAUAGCCAGCGAGUUAAUCAAUUCAAAAUGUAGAUGUAAGGCUCCACCUGCUGUUUGUUCUUUUAAUCUUUUUCUCUGUCGACCUCAGUAAUAACUGAGAUGGUCGCACAUGCUCACUUCAUCCUUCAGCUGUCAUCAGCUGCAUCUAAUGUCGGAAACUGUGAAAGUUACAAGGAGACAGCUGCAGCAGAACUGACACACCCCCUGAAAAAGGUCACACACUCCUGCGCUGCCAGCCUAAAAUUAAUCUAACAGAGCAAUUGGAGCAAUAAAUUGGAGAUCGUCCAUGUGAGUUACAUGGCUGGUUCUAGCUUUGUUAGAAAGAGACUGUCAUGUCAUAUACUGUAUGAUGUCUGUUCUUAUUUAGCAUUAAUUAUGGGAUAACUCCUUUAAAUAUCUGGAAUAUAUUUCCUAUUCCAUGACAAAACUGAGGCAUCUUGUCUUAGAAAUCUAUAUAUUGUGCCAUUCCACUGUUAUUCCUCCUGAGAAUAUAUGAAUAAAUUGACAACUGGGUGCAAACAUUCCUUUGUCAACAGGGUGUGUCUCUAUAGUUAAGCCAGUACUCUGCUCUGCACUGAUGAGGGGGCAAUCACCCCCAAACAGCUGUCUGCAGAUGAGAUGCUGGCUUAUUUAAUAUCCGAGUCAUGUCUCAAGGCCUAUUUAAAAGAUGGACCA